GACUCUCUCCAGGCAUUCCAGGAACUCAACCGCGGCGAACAAACUGCCACUGCCCUCGAGAACCAUCUCUCUGCUCUUGAAGCAAAAAUAGACGAGCUUCUCGCUGCCACCGGUCAACAAGACCAGUCCGAAUCUUCCACACAACCCAAUGGCACAACGCACAACUCCAACCCUCAAUCUGGCUCAUGA